AGCGAUUUGCGCUUUUUUCCAGCAGCUAGAAAAAAACUGAAUUGUUGAAUUGCUAAAAAUUAUCUGAAUGAUUUUAUAUUUACUAAAUUUUACAUUAAAUUAUUUAAAAUACACAAGUUAAUAAAGUAAAAUAAAUAAAACUAUUCAAUGUCUAACCAAUUUAUUGUUACUGAACCAACAUUUCAAAAUACCGAAUUUAAAUGGACCCAUUCAGCAAAUUGGCUUCUAAUUAACAGUUAUGUUGCAAUGAAAGACGAAUUCCGUGACCCAAAGAUAAGGAAAAAAGAAUUGUGGAUUCGAAUUUCGGAUAAAUUUCGUGAGGUUGGCUAUGAAAUUGGAUUUGAACAAUUGGACAAGAAAUUUCGUAAUUUAAAAUCAACUUAUUAUCAAGUAAAAGAAAGAAAACAAACAAAUUCAAAUAAACAAAUUAGAUGGGAAUAUUACAAAGUUUUCGAUGAAUUGAUAAAAGGCGAUGAAAUCGCUGCUGCAUCUGGCAAUACAUCAACCACAAGUACGGACCCACGUUUGACUAAUUUUCGAUCAUCAGUUUAUGUUCCUGUAGAAAGAAAAAGAAAACGAUUGAUAAAAUCAAACAAACCAAAAAGUUCAAAUGAAACAAUUAAAUUGGUUUCAAUUGAACCGGCCGGUGAUGAUAUGGACAAUUUUGAUGAGGAUUCAAGUGAACCAGGAAGAAAAACCAAUUAUUAUGAAUUACAAAUGAAUGACGCGGUUAUGGAAGAUUCACAAGAUGACCAAUUCGAAGAUGAAUAUGAAUUCAAUUCGAAUAAUGGCAAAAAAGUUGACUUGAGUAAUCUGGAAGCUAGGAAACUUCAUGCCGAAACAAGGUAUUUCAAUAAGAAGGCUGAUUAUUUUGAAAAGCAAACCAUGUGUCUGGACAUUCAGAGGAAAUUAAUGAUAAUGCAGGCGCAUAAGUUGAAGCUGGAAAUAGAUCAAAUGAAGAAUGAUGCAAAUUAAUAUUAAGAAUAAUUAAUUAUAUUAUUUUAAGCAUUGGAAAAGUUGAUUAUUUUGUAUAAUAAUGUAAUAAGAAAACAUUAAAUAAGUACCUUUUUAA